AUGCAGGAGACUAGAGUGUCCAUUCAAAACUUGAAAGUACAAGUGGGUCAGUUGAGUAAAAGAAUACUUGAGAGACCUCCUAACACUCUUUCUGGUGACACAGAGAUAAAUCCAAGAGAAGAGUGUAAGGCUCUCAUAAUGGCCAAUGACCCCAUGAUGAAGAAGGAGACGCCAAUUGUUAAGGAGUCAGAGGAGAAAGAGGCUCUAGAAAAGGCUGAAGCUACAGUGCUACAUGCCCCACCUAGGGUGCCUAUUCAAAAGCCUGAAACACCACAACUUCAGAAAUCCCAAAAGGAGACCAAGGACAAGCAGUACUAUCAGUUCUUGGAAGUCUUCAAAAAGCUCCACAUCAAUAUUUCUUUUGUAGAGACUCUGAAGAAGAUGUCUCCCUAUAUAGCUUUCAUGAAAGGCUUACUCUCUGAGAAGAAAGUCUUAAAGGAAGAUGAAACAGUGGUGUUGACCAAGGAGUGUAGUACGCUCAUUCAGAGCAAACUGCCUAAGAAGAUGCCAAAUCCAAGAAGCUUUCAGAUUCCCUGUACUAUUGGAAAUGUCACUUUUGACAAGGCUCUUUGUGAUCUUGGCUCAAGUAUCAAUCUGAUGCAAUUAUCUAUGAUGCGGAAACUGAAAAUUCAAGAGGUACAACCUACAAAGAUAGCAUUGCAGAUGGCUAACAAGUCUCUGAGGCAAGCACAUGUGCUAGUGGAAAAUGUCUUGGUCAAGGUUGGAGAGUUAUUCCUCCUUGCAGAUUUUGUCAUACUUGAUAUGGGAGAGGAUGCAAAUAACUCCAUCAUACUAGGAAAACCAUUUCUAGCCACUGGGAGAGCUCUGAUUGAUGUUGAAAGAGUUUUUCUAGACAUCAAAUCUAAGUUUGGUGUUGUGCACUCACCACCCACCAAAGAGGGAGUAGGCCCCAAGAAGAAGGUACUCAAGGGCUGGAGGAAUAAGAAGAUCUCUACUGAAGAUUUCUCAUCUGGCAUGAAGGUGAUAUUUACUAGAAGUCCAGUCAUACCUCACACAGUGAACCAGAUCCUAUCCCUUGAGCAUGUUGAGCUGAUUUGUGAAAGUACAGGGAAGAAGUUCACAGUGAGGGUGAAGACCUGA